GAAUACAAGCUUUCCUUUAUCAUGUGUCUGUUUCCAACAAGAUGUCUGGGCUUUCUGUAGUUCUGCUUGUCCUGUAUUUGUAUACUAUGACGCAAAGCACCGUUGUGGACGUGAGUCUCAUGACAGACGCGGUGAUUCAGGAGAUAAACCAGACUGUAUUUGUGGGAGUGGCAUUAGAUGUAUCCCUUCUUCAGAACAAUUGGGGGGGACUGAACUUCAGCAAUGACAAAGUCCUGACACUUGCGAGCGGAUUGUCCCCCUGCUACCUGCGUUUCGGAGGGUAUGCUGGCGACGCUUUAACCUUCAACAGCAGUUUGUCCAUGGUGAGAUCACACAUGACCGAAGGGGGACAUCUCGACCCACCUGUAAACUUUACCAUGACAGGAAAUGAUUGGGAUAUUUUGAACGAAUUUUCCCGAAGAGCUGGUAUGAACUUGAUAUUUGGACUGAACGCACUGAAGAGGGAUGGCUUCAAGUGGGAUCCGACAAAUGCUCUUGAACUUCUCAGAUAUACACAACAGAAGGGGUACAAACUGGCAGGAAUUGAACUUGGAAACGAGCCCGACGAGUUUCUGGGGAGAUAUGAAGUAUACGUCGAUCCGGACCAGAUGGGAACUGAUGCACUCACCUUCCAGAAGCUCUUUAGAAACAUGUCCUACUACAACAACACGCUCUUCAUAGGCCCAGACACAGCCAAACCCUUCAUAUACCUUGAUGAAUAUUUGGAUACUGAUGGGGGCAUGGCUGUGGAUGCGGUUUCGUUCCAUCAGUACUAUUUCUCACCCGAGGUAGCUGACCUGGUUAUGUUCACGGAGCCCUACUACUUUGACCAGUGCAUCAAGAAGGUGAUAGACGCGGUGGACAUGGCCACGUUCCACGUGAAGACAAAGCCUGUGUGGCUAGGGGAGACGUCCACGGUCAAGGGGGCAGGAUCACCGGGAUUGUCCAACACAUACGUGGCGGCGCUCAUGUGGCUGGAUAAGUUGGGCGUGGCUGCGAAAUUUGGUAUAAAGACUGUUAUAAGACAAGAUCUAUAUGGAAGUUAUAACAGUCUGAUACAACCAAACACAUUUGACCCAAACCCAGACUACUGGGUUACACUUCUAUACAAACGCCUAGUCGGCUCACAUGUGUUCAACCUGACAACAUCGGCGGAUAACUCGGUCCGUGUGUACGCUCACUGCGCCAAACAGAACAGCUCCUACGACUACGGCAGUGGCAGUGUCGUCCUGUAUGCCGUCAACCUGAACAGGAACAACGUCACCUUAAGUCUGCUUCAGUUCGGAGAUAGACACCUGGAUGUGUUCUGGCUCACAUCCCAGGGCAACAACAUCACGGCAACAGUAGUACAGCUGAAUGGCAGUCCGCUUCAUCUGAUAAACAACGCUUUCCCCGCUCUUAACCCCCUGAAACUGACAUCCUACUUAACAAUACCUGCCUUGUCAUUAGGAUUUGUGGUCAUACCCGAUGCCAAAGUUAAAUUGUGUAUAUGACGUGUAUCAAUACACAUAUAUACUAGUACACUUUGAAUCAGUGAAAGUAAAAAACUCUAUACUGUAACUCUACACUUCCUAUAUUUGAUUUACUAAUAAAGAAUCGUGAUAACCAGAAAAGUUAAAAACCUUCAUCAUUUGUACAGCGAGAAUGCACCACAAAAGGUGUAGUCAUUGCAUGAUGAAAACUAAUUUUACACCGUCAUAAUGGCAAGAUUAAUAAAAUUCUAUUUUGAAUCCUA